CAGCUCAGCCCGUUCUGCCGCAGGAACUUCCCGACUCCGGAUCAAGCAGGACUCAUGCCCUAGGUGGGCCCCGUGGCGUUGCCGUGGUACAGGCGAAGCUCUCCACGAGGGCGGGCUGCACUUCCGGGGCGGGGCACGGCCACCGGAAGUGCGUGGCCGCCCGGGGCCAUGGCGGCGCUCGGCGUCUUCUGCCUGCUACUCGGGGCGGUAUCCUGGCCGCCGGCCUCGGCCUCGGGCGAGGAGUUCUGGCCCGGCCAGUCGGCAGCCGACAUCUUGUCGGGGGCGGCGUCCCGCAGACGGUAUCUUCUGUACGACGUCAACCCCCCGGAGGGCUUCAACCUCCGCAGGGACGUCUACAUCCGAGUCGCCUCCCUCCUGAAGACUCUGCUGAAGACUGAGGAGUGGGUGCUGGUGCUGCCCCCCUGGGGCCGUCUCUACCACUGGAAGAGCCCCGACAUUCACCAGGUCCGGAUUCCCUGGUCCGACUUUUUUGACCUUCCAAGUCUCAGUAGAAACAUCCCCGUCAUUGAGUAUGAGCAGUUCAUUGCAGAGUCUGGUGGGCCCUUCAUUGACCAGGUCUAUGUCCUGCAAGGUUAUGCAGAGGGCUGGAAGGAGGGAGCCUGGGAGGAGAAGAUUGACAGCCGGCCCUGCAUCGAGCCGCCCCUUUACUCGCAGGACAAGCACGAGUAUUACAGAGGAUGGUUUUGGGGUUAUGAAGAGACGCGGGGUUUAAACGUUUCCUGUCUGUCUGUUCAGGGAUCGGCUUCCAUCAUCGCCCCUGUGCUUUUGAGAAACACGUCCGCACGGUCCGUGAUGUUAGACCGAGCCGAAAACCUCCUUCACGACCACUACGGAGGGAAGGAGUACUGGGACACCCGACGCAGCAUGGUGUUCGCCAAGCACCUGCGGGCCGUGGGGGACGAGUUCCGGAGCAGGUACCUCAAUUCCACGGACGCGGCCGACAGGAUCCCCUUCGAGGAGGACUGGACCAAGAUGAAGGUCAAGCUGGGCUCUUCGCUGGGGGGCCCAUACCUGGGCGUCCACCUGAGGAGGAAGGACUUCAUCUGGGGGCACAGGGAGGACGUGCCCAGCCUGGAGGGGGCAGUGAGGAGGAUCCGCAGCCUCAUGAAGACCCACCAGCUGGACAAGGUGUUCGUGGCCACGGAUGCCGCCAGGAAGGAGCUGGAUGGGCUCCGGAGGCUGCUGCCCGAGAUGGUGCGGUUCGAACCCACGUGGGAGGAGCUGGAGCUCUACAAGGACGGGGGCGUCGCCAUCGUGGACCAGUGGGUCUGCGCACACGCCCGGUUUUUUAUCGGCACUUCGGUCUCCACGUUCUCCUUUCGAAUUCACGAGGAGAGAGAAAUCCUGGGGUUGGACCCCAAGACGACCUACAACCGGUUCUGUGGGGACGAGGAGAAGGCGUGCGAGCAGCCCACGCACUGGAGGAUCGCGUACUGAGCCGGCCCGCGGGCGCCCCACACGCGGGCUCGCAGCUGCCCUUAGGACAGGUGGCGCCGCCGGGGCAGGGACCCCCCGGCUGGGCAGCAGGCUGUCCCCUCUCCGGUCUCAGGCCCGGGAGCCCUGCGGAGCCACGCUGCGUCUGCCCUGCCUUCCCCAGGCCCACCUGUCUGCCGUGACCCGGAGCCACCGCUUCCCCGGGAUGCCUCGGAGGUGCCGGCUUGUCCUCGUUGACCUUGGUCAGGAGCGUUCCCCGCGGCGUCGGGCAGGCCUGGCGCCUGGGCUGCUCCUGUCCCGGGCGGCGGCCACAGUGCUGACCCUCUGUGUGCCACAGGGCAGGGCCCUUGGUCCUGCGCUUCUCCCCGUGGGACCGCGUGCCAGCUGGACGGCGGGCGAAGCGCCACAUCACGGGGCCGGUCUGAGGCCUUUGGGGGCCUGUGAUGCCCUUGCCCCAUCUGCCCCCACUGCCUGGGCCAGAGCGUCGGAACAUUCCCUGGCGAGUCCCGGUGCUUUGUGUGCUCACGGGGACGGGGCCCCCCCAGUUGUCUGCAGGGUCCAUCCAGCUGUCCAGGCUGUCUGGUCUGUGACGGCCACAGCAGUACAAGGGGUGGCCGGAUGCUCGUCCUCGAUCCCUGCGUGAGGGCAGGGGUGCGGCCGAGAGGAGCAGGGUCACUCCAGCCUCGGAAGGCACCUUGGGGAGCAGCUGCUGCACACGGGGCGGAGGCCGGUCUGCAGAGCCCUGUGCUGGGACUUCAGCACGGCCGCCACGAGGGAGCUACCGUGAGGGCACUGCUGGGGCCCCACCCCAUCCCCUCCGACUAGGCGCCCAACUUCCCACGACACCUGGGGUGACUGGCGACGUGGGCGCCGGGAGCCCUGCAGAACCCAUGAGUCUGGGCCCCGGCCGUCCCACGUCUCCUUCCUGAGCUCUGGAGAGGCCCUGAUCACACGGCGGGGUCCUGCGGUGUCACAGCCGUGCCGGGUGAAACGGUGAGAUAUUUAUUCUUUGUACAUCAAGUAUUAAAAU